GUCUUGAGACUUUUUCCUCCGCCUGUCGCUGAAUAUUUUUUUUGUCUUUUUAAUAUAUGAUUAUAUUCUCUUCUCACCGUCCCAACUCCCACUCUCUCUUCUCACUGGACGCAUUCACGAAAUCCCCAAAAUCUGGAUCUUCGAUUAAGUCUGUAUCGAGAAGAUGGAUCGUGUCAGCAAUCUACCAGACGAGAUUCGAUGUCAUAUCUUGUCCUUCCUUCCCACCAAGCACACUGCUGUGACUUCGGUUCUCUCAAAGAGCUGGCGAAACCUGUGGAAACUUAUCCCUAAUCUUGACAUUGAUGACUCUGAAUUUCUUCAUCCUGAAGAUGGUAAAGGGGAAAGGAAGGAUAUUCGAGAGAGCUUCGUUAGUUUCGUGGACAGUGUACUGGCUACGCAGGGUGAUUCUCCCAUUGAUAAAUUCUCCCUCAAGUGUAUAACUGGUGUUCAUCCAGAUUCUGUGAAUCGUUGGAUAUGUAAUGUGCUGCAGCGUGGUGUUUCGGAUCUUAAUCUUUUCACUGAUUUUACCUACGAGGAUACCGAAGAGGAUGAUUACAGGCUACCUCUAGAGAUGUUUGUCAGUAAGACACUGGUUAAGCUGAAAUUAAGAAGUGAACACUGUGUUAAUUGGUGGUAUUGGGAGAUGGGGGCUUCCUUAUCGAUGCUUAAAAGUCUUUACAUUGACUCGGAGUUGAUUUUUUGUGGUGAGAUGGAGAGCUUUCUUCCUUCUUUCCCUGCGCUUGAGGAAUUACGAAUGGCUAAUAUGGAGUGGAGUGAGUUGGAUGAAACCAUGUCAAGUGCAAGCCUCAAGAAGCUAAGUAUCCACGGCACUGGUUGUGAAGAGUUUGAAAAUCCAAAGACCAUUUCUUUUCAUACUCCAAAUCUGCUUUACUUAAACUACUCUGAUUUAGUCGCAGAGGAUUAUCCAGUAGUUAAUAUGGGAAAGUUAGUUGAAGCUCGAAUCAAUCUUAUUGUGAAAAACGAAGAUCAGAUCAAGCGGGUAAGAGAGCCAGAUUAUGACUUAUUAGAGGAUGAUGAGGGUGAUGUUGUUCUUCAAUUUGUCAAUGUGGUGAAGCUCAUUAAGGGCAUACAAAAUAUUCAGGAACUUUACUUAACUUCUGAUACUCUCGAGCUACUUACUCUAUGCUGUGAAUCAAUGCCGGUGUUCAACAACCUCAAAAUCUUAGGUCUUAAGAGUGACGAGGGUCGUGGUUGGCAAGCAGUGCCAGCUCUUCUGAGAAACUGUCCACAUCUAGAAUGUCUGUUCAUUGAGGGUCUCUUACACUAUGUGACAGAUAAAUGCCGGGAUGCUUGUGACUGCAUUUCUCGGGAAGACAAAGGUCGUUCGCUCAUAUCUUGUCCAGUGAAGAAGUUGCAAGUUAGAGGGUUUCGAGGAACAGUUAGAGAGAAAGAGAUGAUAAGGCAUUUCUUGGAGUACUUCCCGUGUUUGGAUGAGAUGGAGAUAGAUGCCGAAAAUAAUGUUUCUACAAACUUUGAAGUACCUAGAAUUUUAAAAAUUGUUGCGUAUAAGCUCCAUGACGUGGUCUCGACGGAGAUAGUUGGACAUUGGCAGAGUUCUCUACAGUCUGGGGGUUGGUCCGAGACCCAGAUGGAUGAGAUGUAUUUUGAGUUUGCUCCCCGCAAUAAAGAGCGUAUCUACGAUAUGGUCUUCAUGAUGCAUAGAGCUUCUUCCCCGGUACCUCCUCCUCUGCCACAAGAGAUGUCUCAGGAUAACCUUCAAAUGCAACUGGAUGCUGCUAACGCCAAACUUGCGGAUCUUAAGGAGAGGCAACGGGACCAGGACGCUGAGCUUGCGGGUUACGAAGCUAAGUUCGAUAUGAUUGUCGACCAGAACCCAAUGAUAGCAUCAGCGUUGAGGGCUCGACAAGCAACUGAAGCAGACGGGGAAAAGUCGCCGAGUGGUCAGGAAAUGACAGAGAAGAAGCGGGACUAUGAAGCUCUGUUCGAUAUCAUUCUCGAGCAGAACCCAAUGCUAGCAUCAGCAAUACGGGCUCGGCUUGCAACCGACUCAGAGCGAGCUGAGACAUCCAGGGAUCAGGAAAUGACCGCGCAAGACCAAGCUAGGGCAGCAGAUUUUACUCCUCCACAAGGAGAAUAGAUUUUAAAUGUUUUAUAUAUGCUUGAAAUUCUACUAAAUGCUUCCAAUUUGGUUCGGUUUGUGUUUUAUUUAGUUCGAAUUCCGGCUCAAAAUCUUGUAACGAAGCUGCUUGUGUAGAGAUUCUUCCUCCUCUAAACUUUUGAGUAUUGAUAUCUUGGCUUCUCUCUCGA